AUGUCGGGAUUCUGGAAAUUCACAAGCAACUAUGCUUCACGGGUCACCAAAAUUCUCGAAGCAGAAGACAUUUCUUUGGAAGAUUUGCUCGACGAGAAAGAGACAGUUUCCGAACUAUUAGCCUCAAACGCUAGAUUGAUCGAAUAUCUCAGACGACCUGAAAUCUUGGAGAAGCUCGUGGAUUAUGUUGUCGAAGAUGAUGAAUACCAGAGAAAAGAGAUUGAGUUGGACUUGGAAGCUCAAAAUGUUGACCUCACCAGCAGCAAAGAAACUCCAGAGGAGAAAGAGAAAUUUGUUAACAAAGAUCAGACGCAGAAAUCAGAUGCCAUAGAAGAUGAUGAAGAUAGUGAUAGCAGCGACGAUGAUGACGACGACGACGAGGAAGACAAUGAUGACGACGAUGACGAUGACGACGAUGAUAGCAAUGACAGCGACAAUGAUGACGAUGAAGAAGAAGAGAUGAUUAAUGAAGAAGAGUCGGAAGUAGAAAAGCACACAAGAAGAGCACAGGUUGCUGCAGAAAUACUGUCCAUAGAUGUUUGGUCCAUCACCGACGCGUUCAUGGAAAGCGUUCAUCUCUUACAGCAGCUUUGGUGUAUUCUUGAUAAACCUGCCCCACUACCUAUAUUUUCCGCUACUUAUUUCAUGAAGAUUAAUGAGCAUUUGCUUGACAUGAAGACUGAUGAAAUGAUACAAUUUAUCCAUCAAGAGCCAAAUCUAGUUGAGAGAUUCAUGAGACAUAUUGAGACUCCUCCAUUGAUGGAUUUUCUCUUGAAAGUUAUAUCAACUGAUAAGCCAGAUGACUCCACAGGGAUAAUCGAUGUAUUGAAAGAUCAGGGAUUAAUUCCUUCCUUAUUGUCCUUCCUAUCGGCAGAAAUACCUUCUUCAAUCCAAAGCGCUGCAGGUGACUUCCUCAAGGCCUUUAUUACAAUAUCUGCUAAUAAUGCUGAAAAUACAACGAUAGGACCAAAUGAACUAACAAGAGAACUAGUCAGUGAGCCAAUGAUUCGGCUACUGGUAGAUAUGAUGCUACAAGGCGGAACAGGUUUAUCCAAUGGUGUUGGAAUUGUGAUUGAAAUCAUACGUAAGAAUAAUUCUGACUAUGAUCCAGUGCCGGUUGUGUAUGUCACAGUGGAAUCACACCCGCCUACGCCAAGGGAUCCAAUCUACUUGGGUACCCUGGUGAAGAUAUUUGCAGAAAAGCUGCCAGAGUUUACAAAGCUUCUCGAGAAGCCAAUUAGCAAAACUUUGGAUACUCCUUUUGGCAAAAUUGAGCCUUUAGGGUUCGAGAGAUUCAAGAUAUGUGAGUUGGUUGCAGAGCUUAUACACUGUUCCAACAUGGCAUUGUUGAAUGAUCAAAAAGGUGAAGAGCUGGUCAAAGAACGUGAUGAAAUUAGAGAAUUUUUAAUUGAAAAGCACAAAGAAAUGACUAAAAGGGUUGAAACAGAUUCCUCUUUGUCUCUGGAAGGAACUGACAUGUCAAAAGAAAUUGAAAAUUUGAGAUUGUCAAGGAGAACUUCCGAGGACGAAGAUGUGGAUAAAGAGAAAAAUGACAAUAGUGAAAAUGAAGUUUCAACUGGAGAUAAUGUUGAUGAUGAGAAGCUUUUAAGAGAAAACCCAGUUGUUGGAGAUCAGCUGAAGAUUGCUCUUUAUGAUAAUAAGAUAGUCGUUACCAUUCUUGAUAUGUUUUUCAACUUUCCUUGGAACAACUUCUUACACAAUGUCGUAUUUGAUAUUGUUCAGCAAAUUUUGAAUGCCACGAUGGAAAUUGGAUAUAACAAGCAUUUAGCUGUUGAUUUGUUUGAUAGAUGUCACAUAACUAAGCUGAUCAUCAAUGGACACAAUAGAUGUAUAGAAUACGAGGAGAAGACAGGUCUCAGAUUAGGUUACAUGGGACAUCUUUCCUUGAUUGCUGAAGAAGUUGUGAAAUUUAUCUCAUUGGACAUCCAUCAUACCACAUCAAACGCCAGUGUAAUCGAUGAAGCCAUCGAUGACAUAGAAUGGAAGCAAUAUGUUGAUGAAACCUUAGCUGAUAUCAGAAAUAAAUAUAAUGCCGUUCUAGGAAGUGAUGGAAAACAGAUGAAUGAGCAUGAUAUGAAUUUGUUUCAAAGAGUUUAUGGUUCAGGUGAAUAUGAUGACGAAGAAGAAGAAGACGAUGAUGUGGUCUUAGAAGGCAAUGAUAAUAUGGUCAAUGGAUACAUGGACUCAGAAGGAAAUGAGGUUGGAUCAGACAAGUUUUCUCGAUACAUCGGGGAGGAGAUCACUGGGGAUCUACCUGACAGAUUUGGGUCGUCAGAUGAAGAAUCCGAGGAUGAUGAUAUCAGACAAAGAAGAAAUCAAAUGUGGGCAGAUGACGAAAAUGAUGAAAUUGAAGGUGUCGUAGACUCACAAAUGGGUGGACAUCCUUAUCAUGAAAUGUCUGCCGACGAUUCCAACUCUCGCUACAUGGUAAAUGAUGAUUACGGUGAUGGGUAUGACGAUUAUGAAGAUCCCAAUGAUGAUGGACAAUCUUACAAAAAGAUGAACCAUCCAUUGUAUCAAGCAGAUGGCUCACUU